AUGUCCGGCGAACUUGUAGCUCAAGAUCUCUACUUCAGUUCUGAAACAGGCAUCAUCACGCCCAACUACUACUUCCGAGAAGAUGGCGUGGAACGAAUAGAUAUGAACGGCUAUGUUGUUGCCCCGGGCUUUCUGGACUUGCAAACCAACGGCAUGCAAGGCAUCCACUUUACGCAGCUGGCCGGUCAAAAGGGCCACGCAGAGGACGAUGAACAGAAGCUCCAAGCUGUCAGUGAGAUGGAAAUAGCUCACGGUGUCACUGGGUGGUGGGCGACCGUGCCUACGGUUGCAAAAGACAGAUGGAAACAGAUCGUACCGACACUGACACCACGAGCCUUCUCGUCAGGAGCCGAGCUUCUCGGUGCCCAUGUAGAAGGGCCAUUUCUGAAUGAAUCCAAGAAAGGCGCACACAGUGCUCAACACCUGCAAAUACCGGCAGAGAUGUCGCUUUCGGAACUGUAUGGGGAUGCAAACCUCAAGGGCCCCAUCAAGCUGAUCACCAUGGCCCCUGAAUUACCUGGCUCAACUGCAUUGAUCGGUCAAUUGCAGGAGGAAUAUCCUCAUAUCGUGAUUUCCUUGGGCCAUUCGGCAGCCACAUACGACGAGGGCGUUGCGGCGGUGCAGAUUGGUGCUCGAGCACUAACUCAUGUGUUCAACGCCAUGAACCCGCUCCAUCACCGCGACCCAGGACUGGCAGGACUAAUGGCGACGGGAAAGUGCUAUUUCUCCAUAAUACCAGAUGGAAUCCAUCUUCAUCCUGCAGUGUUGACAAUGUGCAUGCGAACGGAUCCCCAAAAAUGCGUCUUCAUCACAGACAGCAUUGAGCUGGCCGGCUUGCUUGAUGGAGUGCACCCGGGCCAUGGACAGAUCCCGGGCAAUCAGUAUAAGCAAGGAAACAAGGUCACGAUUGAAGGCACAAAUACUCUAAUUGGUAGUUGUUGUACAGUGGAUGACUGCGUACGCAAUGCAGUGGCAUUCAGUGGGUGUAAUUUGGCGGAGGCUGUUCAGUGCGUGACUGAGAAUAUUGCAGAUAUGAUGGGCGAAAACAAGAGAGGGAAGCUGGAGCCAGGCCGGAGAGCAGACUUUGUGAUUCUGAAUAAGGACGGUUUUGUACAGGAGACUUGGAUGAGUGGAAAUCGAGUGUGGCCGGUGGUCUCCAGUUGA